UUCUUUAUUUAAAUUAUUUUAAGUUAGAACUAAAUAAAUAUUAGAUAAUAGUAAACACUAAACACUUAGCAAUUUUAAGUUAGAUAAUUUACGUUUUAGGAAAUAAUAAAUUCUAGACAUUUAACACAAUGAAGAUUACUGUCACAACACACGACGACAACUUGAUUGUACUUGAUGUAAGCGAGGAUUUAGAACUAAUCAAUUUCAAGGCACUAUGUGAAGUAGAAACUGGAAUUCCAUCACAGGAGACUGGACUAACACACAAUGGUCAGCUUUUGGUUGACGAUUUUAAGACAAUGAAAAACUUAGGUGUUCGUGAAGGAGAUGUUAUCAUAAUUCAAAGAGUUACGAGUAGCGCUACUGCAAUGGAUCACUCAUUUAGCAGUCCAAGCAAUAAUAUGUUACCACAAUUUGACUUUAGCCGUAUUCAAGUGCCUGGUUCGUCUAUUGGUAUCCCAGGUACCACCAGACAACACCAAAUGCAGGAUGCAGAAUAUGUUAGGAACUUAUUUCUCUCCAGUCCAGAACAACUAGCUCUUCUUAAGCAAAAUAAUCCCAGACUUGCAGAUGCUUUGUCCUCAAACAAAAUUGAAGAAUUUUCAAAAGUCAUGGCUGAGCAAAUGGAAGAACGAAAAAAGCGUGAAGACCAAAGAAUUAGAAUGAUGAAAGCUCAUCCAUUUGACUCUGAAGCACAAAAAUUAAUAGCAGAAGAAAUACGUCAAAAAAACAUUGAAGCUAACAUGGAAGCCGCUAUGGAAUAUAAUCCAGAAAUGUUUGGAACAGUUGUCAUGCUUUAUAUCAAUUGUAAAGUGGAUGGAUAUCCUGUGAAAGCUUUUAUUGAUUCCGGAGCUCAAACUACUAUAAUGUCAGCUGCUUGUGCUGAACGAUGCAACAUCAUGCGUUUAGUUGAUAGUAGAUGGGCUGGGAUAGCUAAAGGUGUUGGUGUACAAAAAAUUAUUGGCAGGAUACAUAUGGUCCAAGUUGCAAUUGAAAAUGAUUUUUUAACAACCAGUUUUUCUGUUCUUGAAGAUCAGCCAAUGGACAUGCUUCUUGGAUUAGACAUGUUAAAAAGACAUCAAUGUUGCAUAGACCUGGAACAUAACGUCUUGAAGAUUGGAACAACAGGGACUGAAACUCCAUUUUUGCCUGAAAAUGAAUUGCCAGAUUGUGGUCGUUUAACUACAUCUAGUGAUCAUGAUGGAUCUAAAAAUGAAGAAAAAGAACUAAAAAAAGCUAUAGAUGAAAGCAAAAGAAUGAAUCAAAGUAGUGGUAGUAGCAGUAAUUCUAGUCAAUCAUUUAAAGAAACUGAUAUUACAGAACUAAUCAAUUUAGGAUUUUCUAGAGAACAGGUUAUUCAAGAAUUAAAAAGAUUCAAUGGAAAUAAAAAUGAAGCAAUGGCCUCCUUAUUUGCAAAAAUAUUAAAAUUUUGACAGUUGUCAGAAGUUUUUAACAAAAUUAAUAUAAAAUAUUCUUCCUCUUCAAGACUUUUUAUUUUUCAGUCAAUUUUAGUUUUAAUUUUCAAAACUUGUAUUUCAUUAUUUUUUAUUAUUUUUCUUAAUGAAACUUAUAAAUACCUUAAGAAAAAUGAUAAAACCAAGUUAUAAUAUUUUUUAUUACAUUUAGUGUCGAUUGAUAUAAAGUGAUGUUAACCAUUUAAAAUACUAAUAAAAUUAUUUAAAUAUAAGGUAUUCAUAAGUUUCUAAUAAAAUUGUUUUCUAGUAAUUUUUCUCCUUGGUUAAAUGUUAACUUCUUUGUAUUUAGAGACUGUAUUUAAAAUAUAAAGACCUUUUGUCUAUUAUUUACACAAUUACAUAAGUUCAUUUAAGGUGUUAAGUUUUCGUUCGGUUUAUGUAGACUUAUAUUUAAAUUAAAUAAUAACAAAUAAAUAAGGUUUGGGAUUAUUAACCACAAUGCUAAAAUAUUGAAUAUAGUUUUUGCAUUAAGUACCUAAAAUAUUGUGUUCAAAACAAAAUAUGCAUGAUUGUAUAAAAUAAAUAUAAUA